CAUAACUUUUUUCAAAUUAAUCUUUAUUUUAACACAAAAUAGAUGAAAAAUCUUAUUUUUUAUUUUCUUUCAAUUUUUAAAUUUUCAAUUGUUAUACAUAUAUCAUUCUGAAAUGUCAAAGUAUUAGGUUAUGUUAACAUUCACAAGUUAUAUGUACAAUAAAUGCUUUGAUCAGCUGGCGGAAUACUAUAUAAAAUAUGUAGUCAACAUCAUUAGAUUAUAAUAAGAAUGAUUCUAUCUUCGAGAAUAUAUUAAAAAAAAUAUUUUUUUAUUGUUAUAUAAUUUAUAUUUUAUAAAUUAUAAAAAUAGUUAUGAUAUAAUAUAUAACAUAAGAAUAAUUGGUCAACAUGCUAUACAAUUUUUUUUUCAUACAAUAGUACUAUCGCAAAUGUUCUUGUUUACAAAGCAAUAAUGCCGUAUAAACUAAUCGAAAUUUUGUCUUGUUAACUGAUAUUGUUAUUUCAUUCCACCACUUUAAGAUUUUGAUCAGUUAAUAUAGUAUUAUUAGAUAAAUAGGUACGAAAAUAUUAAUUAUUUAAAAAUUAAUAAACUGUCUUAUGUAUCGAAUAAAUUGAUUGUUUAUUAAGAAUUAAAUUGAUAGGUUAAUCUAAAAUACAAUUAAUAUAACAUUUGAUAUUUCAAUAAUGUAAUUUUAUUAAUGCUUUUAAUUCAGUCCGCUAGAUGACUCAUAGAUUUUAUAUGAACUAUAUAUUAAUAUUUAGAUUAUUAUUACUUACUUCUGUAUUUAUAUUUAUAUUUGUAUUUAUAAUAUUUUUUUAUUUCAUAUUUUAAAUAUAAGUUCAAUAUAUACAUUGAAUCAAUGAAAUAAAUCAUAAUUUAUAAUCGAUUGUUAAAUAUGUUUUAUUCUUAUUAUAGUAUUUUUAAAUUAUUUUUAUAAUAAUUAUUAAUUUAAAUAAUAAUAAAUAAAUUUGAAUUUCUAAUAAAUUUUAUGAUGAUUUUAAAUAUUUAAAAUUUAUUCAUGAAAUUAAUAUAGAUCAUAGGUCAUUAUACAAAUAAAGAAGUGGAUAAAAUAUAUAAUGUAUAGGAAACAAAAUUAAAAAUGGCAGAAAAAGGAGCUCAUUUAACUGGCACAACAUUUAUAAGACCUUCUAUUUUUGAAAUUAUAGCACAAGAAUCGUUAGCACAUACUGUAGAACCAGCUUUUACAAAAUUUUUAUCGUUCAUUGUAUCAUUUAACGUUGAAAGAUAUGGACAUCUUCUUAAAUGGACAGAUGAAUGUUAUUUAAUUUUUAAUACAAUUCUUCAACACUAUUAUUUGAAUAAAUAUUCUGCAUCAUUUUCUGAAACAUUUUAUAGUUUAAAACGCAUAAUUAUAGUAAACUCAAAAGUUAAAUGUGAAUUAUCAAAUAAGCAAAGAAGACUUUCAUUAAUGUUAACAAUUUUAUUUCCUUAUGUAAAAAUCAAACUUUCUCAAUUAGUGGAAAAAUAUAAACUUGAAAAAGUUGAUGAUUAUACUCCAAAGUCGAAAUGGCAAAAAUUAUAUCGUAAUUGCAUUAUCAAAGGAAAUGCAAUAAUUUUCAUGAUAUAUGAAUUUAUGGUACUAUAUAAUUAUGUUCUUUAUAUUUCUGGAAAAUCAGCAUAUACUUCUUUACUCUUGAGAUUUUUAUCUAUAACUUUAACAUAUGCAGAAUCAAAACCGAUACUUAGUAUUUCAGAUUUUUUAAAGAAAAUUAGAACAAACUCCUUUGGUAUUAGUGAUGGUAUAGAUAUAUUUCAAAGAAUGAUGACUACAUCUUUUGAAUUUGGAGCAUUUUUUCUUCAAUUCUUAUCUUGGUGGACUCAAGAAUAUUAUUCAACUAAUUUACUAUCAUUACCUAUUCCAUCACCUCCAAAGAUUCCAGAAAUAGCAAAACAAUACAAAGGAAUAUGUCCAAUCUGUUGUAAAACAUUUAGAAUACAUACAGUACUUUCAGUGUCUGGUUAUGCAUUCUGUUAUCAAUGCAUUCUUCCUGUGAUACGUACAGACAAAAAGUGCCCAGUAACAAACUAUCCUGCUAAGGAAGAUGAUUUAAUACGUUUAUAUUUAGACUAAAUAAUAAUGUGCAUAUUUUAUUAUAUAAAUUGUAAAUAAAAUUAGUUAUUUUUAAAUUUA